GCUAACAUUCCAUGUUUUUCUCUUUUGUAGAUUCCAGGAGAACUGCACUGAUUGAUUUGUCUGCCACCCUGUCCGCCACAGAAAGCUCUGUCAGGUGACAGCGUAUCUUGAAUCAUGGGGAGCAGUAAGAGCAAACCCAAAGACCCCAGUCAACGGAGGCGCAGUCUGGAAUCUACAGAAAAUAUCCAUGGUGGUUGCUCUGCCUCUCAGACACCCAGCAAAACCACAGUGUCAGAUACUCAUCGGACUCCCAGUCGUGUAUUUGGAACAACUACCACAGAACCAAAACUCUUUGGCGGCUCAAAUACAUCUGAUAUGGUUACGUCUCCUCAGCGCUGCGGGCCUCUAGCUGGUGGAGUCACCACCUUUGUGGCCCUCUAUGACUAUGAAUCACGAACAGAAUCAGAUCUUUCUUUCAAGAAAGGGGAACGCCUCCAAAUCCUCAACAACACGAGAAAGGUGGAUGUCAGCAGCCAGAUUUGGUUCAGAUUCAAAUGGCUCCAAAGGGAAGGAGAUUGGUGGCUGGCUCACUCGCUCACAACUGGCCAGAAAGGCUACAUCCCCAGUAACUAUGUUGCACCCUCAGACUCCAUCCAGGCUGAAGAGUGGUAUUUUGGCAAGAUAACCCGCCGAGAAUCAGAACGGUUACUACUCAAUCCAGAGAAUCCCCGAGGGACAUUCUUGGCAAGAGAGAGUGAGACAACAAAAGGUGCCUACUGCCUCUCUGUCUCAGAUUUUGACAAUGCCAAGGGACUCAACGUGAAGCAUUACAAGAUCCGCAAGCUGGACAAUGGUGGCUUCUACAUCACUUCCCGCACACAGUUCAGCAGCCUUCAGCAACUGGUGGCCUAUUACUCCAAACAUGCAGAUGGCUUGUGUCAUCGUCUCACCAAUGUCUGCCCAACCAGCAAGCCUCAAACACAAGGUCUGGCAAAGGAUGCUUGGGAAAUCCCCCGGGAGUCACUGCGGUUAGAGGUGAAGCUUGGGCAAGGCUGCUUUGGAGAAGUGUGGAUGGGGACCUGGAAUGGCACCACCAGGGUGGCAAUAAAGACUCUCAAACCUGGGACAAUGUCUCCAGAGGCAUUUCUGCAGGAGGCACAGGUCAUGAAGAAGCUGCGCCAUGAGAAGCUGGUGCAGCUCUAUGCUGUGGUUUCGGAGGAACCCAUUUAUAUUGUAACAGAAUACAUGUGUAAAGGGAGCCUCCUGGAUUUCUUGAAAGGGGAGAUGGGCAAGUACUUGAGGCUGCCGCAACUGGUAGAUAUGGCAGCUCAGAUUGCAUCUGGCAUGGCUUAUGUGGAGAGGAUGAACUACGUACACAGAGAUCUCCGAGCUGCCAACAUCCUUGUGGGGGAAAAUCUGGUGUGCAAGGUAGCUGACUUUGGACUGGCCCGGCUGAUUGAGGACAAUGAAUACACGGCAAGGCAAGGUGCUAAAUUCCCCAUUAAGUGGACUGCCCCAGAAGCUGCUCUCUAUGGCCGGUUCACCAUCAAGUCAGAUGUAUGGUCCUUUGGAAUACUUCUGACUGAACUGGCCACGAAGGGCCGAGUACCAUAUCCAGGUAUGGUGAACCGGGAAGUGCUUGAUCAAGUAGAGCGAGGCUACCGGAUGCCCUGCCCACCAGAAUGCCCAGAGUCUCUGCAUGAUCUGAUGUGUCAGUGUUGGAGGAAGGAUCCUGAGGAAAGGCCGACCUUCGAGUACCUUCAAGCUUUCUUGGAGGACUAUUUCACAUCAACAGAGCCUCAAUAUCAGCCAGGCGAGAACCUAUAGAUCUGGGAACAGAAUUCAGUGCCAAAGACUCUAUGCUGCUCCUACUGCGUAUGUGCUCAAGCGAGAGACUUUGAGCCAUACUUGAAACAUGUCUGGAGCACUUGCCAGGGUCUCUUCCUCAUUCUGCUGAUUUUCCCUUCCUUUUGAGGAUGGUACGGGGGCCCCUUUGUUAAACAAAUGUGGUGCCCUUGGCUGUUAUGGGUUACCUAAGGCCUCAAUCGGUCAUAAAUUAGCAGUGUCAUGGUUCUACUUUUUUAUAUGAAGUUGGCUACGGUGCAGAAAAACAGGGUUUCAGAAAAGCCAAGUUCUUCCAGAAGAGAAGAGGCCAAAUGAAAACCAGGGAUCCUAUUCCUGUGGGCCACUUGCCCUCUGGAGUCUGCCCUCCCUCCAAACCAUCCUUCACAUCCAUCAGCAAGAACAUGGCGGUCCUGCGUCUGAUGGUGAAGAUGUGGGCUACUUCAUGGCUGCAUGGCUUCAAAGCACUUGGGUCAUCUCUGAUUGACUUAGUGGUGAUGCUACAGCAUUAUGCCUUUCAAAUUCAUAUGGUUUCUGUUCUCUUUUAUGUCUGAAACCAGCACAAUUUCCCCUUUCCUUGUCCUAUCCAAACCCUACUGCGUGGAAUUGGAUUGACUGCUUCACUCCAGGAAAAAAUGGCAGCCCACUUAUAUUUGGAACAUGUCACAUUUCUAUGUACUUAGGGUCCUCUUUUUUAUAUGUGUAUAUAUGUACAAUCUGCCACUGUUCUCUUCUGGGCCACUGAAGAUGUGUCCACCCAGUCUUGUCUUGUGUGUGUGUGGUGCACUUGCUCUUAGCGAUAGAAGAAACAGGACUCAGGGUGCUGGGUUUGCAGUGUUGUAGGGUUUGGUUCAUCUUUGCCUUGGAACAGCGAUAGCAAACGUGGUGCCCUCCAGAUUUUAUUGGACUAUGAUUCCCAUCAUCCCUGAUCAUUGACUGUAUUGGUUGGGACUGAUGGGAGAUGUAGUCCAACAAUAUUAGGAGGGCACCACAUUGGUUACUUCAAUGUUGAAUUGAAGAAACUUCUCGAGGAGGUCAUAGUCUGAAAUUGAUUAGGGAUUUUAAUUUUGAUGCUUGUGGUAGUGAUGGCUUGCGCAUUUUUCAGAGCUGUGUUUGUUCUUGGACUGCAGGCUUGUCUCCCAGCCUAGCCUUUCAACCCUAAUAAAGUGAAAUUAUGAAUAGAAA